AUGGUUCUGUCCAGGAUUCUAGUCCUACAGCUGCUCCUGGUGCCAGCUCUGACCUUCCUCUCCUUCAUAUCCUCUGAGGUCAGAAACUUCCGUAUUCUGCACAUUGACUAUCCUAAGGUUACAUUCCAUGAGGGUUUCCAAGGGUACUGCAAUGGCCUGAUGUCCUUUGUUCGAGGAUGGAAAAAGGAAUGGCAUUGCCCAUGGAUCCACUAUGUGCUGCAUGCUCCCUGGACAAAAGUUAGUAGAAACUGCAAGUAUACUGACAGCUUCUGUGAAGACUUCAAUGAGUACUGCUCUCUCAGCCAAGAUGCCUUUUUUCUUACCACCUGUGAACGUCUACCCCUGGAGCCACCCAGCACCUGCCAAUACAAUGAAACCACUUCUACUCGACGUGUUUACCUACUUUGCUCCAGAAAAUACAAUGGUGAACCCAUGUAUAUCAUUGGUGUCCUCUAG